ACGAGUAUGAUCUAGCUUAUCUAGAGUCACAAAACAAAGAUAACUUGUGGGACAUAAUUGCAACAAGCAUAAUCAAAUACGCAAGAUCAACUCUCUCAGGAAAGAAAUCUACAGUGAGAAAACUUGUUACAGGAAAAAAAAGAAAGAGCAGAAAUAUUAAAAAAGACCUAAAAAUAAUUGGAAGUAUGUGUCAACAAUGCUUUUCAAAAAUAGGUCAAAAUAUUGAUAGUACAGACAA